AUGUAUCGCGAGAAUCGCCCUGGUCGUCUCUCCCUCCCCGCUAUGUGGAGCCCCCCCGAGGACGCCAUGCCCAAGCACCACCACCACCACCGCGAAGAACGUCCCACAACGAUGGAUCGGGCUCGUCAGGCGAGCACAUGCUCUGAACGCAGCUGCGAGGGCAUGACGGCCGACGAGACGCGCGAUCUUUGGAGGUGCAUGCUUGAGCUGCAGCUGCGGUACGGCUGCUACAACUCUACGAGGAUAGACAUGGCUCUUGAUGCAGGUGAUGAAGGGCUUGAUCUUAUGCCCAACCGAUUCAUCAUCGAUACUCUCAAUGAAUCUGUCAUUGACCUCCCCGACGAAGGCCGCGAGAUGCUCAACCGCUACCUAUCCCCAUCAUCUUGCGCGACAAAGCAAAAGUGGAAGUUUUGGAAGAAGGAAUAA